GGCCGCCGGAGGGGGAGGAGAAGCGCGGAGCUGGCGCUCCAAGGCCUGAGAGCAGGGCUGCGAGAACGCUGCGACUGUAGCCCCUUCCCCAGAGGCCGCGGGGCCGAGCUCGGCUGGCCCCGCCCCUUGGCGCCCGGCUGGGUGGGACCGUGGCUCCCCGCCCCCUUUCGGACACGCCCACCCAGUGUCUGGGCCGCGCGGGCCGCAACAGGCGGCGGCGGGCGAGCGCGAGGACCGCGCGCAGCGAAGGCCCGCGCGUGCGUGUAGAUUCGCUGGCGGCUCGCGCUCCGCCGGGCGGUCUGAGUCGCGCUGAGCCCCCGCUGCCGCCACCGCGGGGGGAAGCGUGCGAGCCGCUCGGCGUGGCCUUAGUUUGCGUAAGCCCUGCGCCCCCUCGACCCCUGGCCAGGCCAUGGCGGAACGCGGAGGGGCGGGCGGUGGUCCCGGUGGCGCCGGGGGCUGCAGCGGCCAGCGGGGCUCUGGGGUCGCUCAGUCUCCCCAGCAGCAGCCAUCGCAGCAGCAGCCGCUGCCGCAACAGCCAACGCCCCCCAAGCUGGCCCAGGCCACCUCGUCCUCUUCGUCCACCUCUGCUGCGGCCGCCUCUUCUUCGUCCUCCUCCACCUCCACCUCCAUGGCCGUCGCGGUGGCCUCGGGCUCUGCGCCUCCCGGCGGUCCAGGACCAGGCCGCACCCCCGCCCCGGUGCAGAUGAAUUUGUAUGCCACCUGGGAGGUGGACCGGAGCUCGUCCAGCUGUGUGCCCAGGCUGUUCAGCUUGACCCUGAAGAAACUUGUUAUGCUUAAGGAAAUGGACAAAGAUCUUAAUUCGGUAGUCAUUGCUGUGAAGCUGCAGGGUUCAAAAAGGAUUCUUCGCUCCAAUGAGAUCAUCCUUCCAGCAAGUGGCCUGGUAGAAACAGAGCUCCAGUUAACCUUCUCCCUUCAGGUGAUGCAACACCCUAACGAGGGUGCUUUGGUGCUUGGCCUGCACAGCAACGUGAAGGAUGUCUCUGUGCCUGUGGCAGAAAUAAAAAUCUACUCUUUAUCCAGCCAGCCCAUUGACCAUGAAGGAAUCAAGUCUAAACUGUCUGAUCGCUCCCCAGAUAUUGACAACUACUCCGAAGAAGAGGAAGAAAGCUUCUCCUCAGAGCAGGAAGGCAGUGAUGACCCAUUGCAUGGGCAGGACCUGUUCUACGAAGAUGAGGAUCUUCGGAAAGUCAAGAAGACUCGGAGGAAACUGACCUCAACCUCAGCCAUCACUAGGCAACCUAACAUCAAACAGAAGUUUGUGGCCCUCCUAAAACGAUUCAAAGUCUCCGAUGAGGUAGGCUUUGGGCUAGAACACGUGUCACGAGAGCAGAUUCGGGAAGUGGAAGAAGAUCUGGACGAGCUCUACGACAGUCUAGAGAUGUACAACCCCAGCGACAGUGGGCCUGAAAUGGAGGAAACAGAGAGCAUCCUCAGCACCCCAAAGCCCAAGCUCAAGCCCUUCUUUGAGGGGAUGUCGCAGUCCAGCUCACAGACGGAGAUUGGCAGCCUCAACAGCAAGGGCAGCCUCGGAAAAGACACCACCAGCCCUAUGGAAUUGGCUGCUCUUGAAAAAGUCAAAUCUACUUGGAUUAAAAAUCAAGAUGACAGCUUGACUGAAACAGAUACUCUGGAAAUCACUGAUCAGGACAUGUUUGGAGAUGUGAGCACAAGUCUAGUUGUACCAGAAAAAGUCAAAACUCCUAUGAAGUCCAGCAAAACAGAUCUGCAGGGCUCUGCCUCCCCCAGCAAGGUGGAAGGGACACACACACCCCGGCAGAAGAGGAGCACGCCCCUGAAGGAGCGGCAGCUCUCCAAGCCCCUGAGUGAGAGGACCAACAGCUCUGACAGUGAGCGGUCUCCUGACCUGGGCCACAGCACACAGAUUCCAAGAAAGGUGGUAUAUGACCAACUGAAUCAGAUCCUGGUAUCCGAUGCAGCCCUCCCAGAAAAUGUCAUCCUGGUGAACACCACAGACUGGCAGGGCCAGUAUGUGGCUGAACUACUCCAAGACCAGAGGAAGCCUGUUGUAUGCACCUGCUCAAUAGUGGAGGUCCAGGCCGUGUUGUCUGCCCUGCUCACUAGGAUUCAGCGCUACUGCAACUGUAACUCAUCCAUGCCGAGGCCGGUCAAGGUGGCAGCUGUGGGCAGCCAGAGUUAUCUGAGCUCCAUUCUCCGGUUCUUUGUCAAGUCCCUUGCCAGCAAAACGCCGGACUGGCUGGGUUACAUGCGCUUCCUCAUCAUUCCCCUAGGUUCUCAUCCAGUGGCCAAAUACUUGGGCUCAGUAGAUAGUAGAUAUAGCAGCACCUUCCUUGAUUCUGCCUGGAGAGACCUGUUCAGUCGCUCAGAGCCCCCAGUGUCAGAACCACUGGAUGUGGUGGGUCGUGUGAUGCAGUAUGUCAAUGGAGCAGCCACAACGCACCAGCUGCCUGUGGCCGAAGCCAUGUUAACCUGCAGGCAUAAGUUCCCUGACGAAGACUCCUAUCAGAAGUUUAUUCCCUUCAUUGGUGUUGUGAAAGUGGGGCUUGUUGAAGACUCGCCGUCCACUGCAGGCGAUGGAGACGACUCACCUGUGGUCAGCCUUACUGUGCCCUCCACAUCACCACCCUCAAGCUCAGGCUUGAGCCGAGAUGCCACAGCAACCCCUCCCUCAUCCCCAUCCAUGAGCAGUGCCCUCGCUAUUGUGGGGAGCCCAAAUAGCCCAUAUGGGGAUGUGAUUGGCCUCCAAGUGGACUACUGGCUGGGCCACCCCGGGGAACGCAGGCGAGAAGGUGACAAGAGGGAUGCCAGCUCAAAGAAUACUCUUAAGAGUGUCUUCCGCUCGGUGCAGGUUUCUCGCCUGCCACAUGCAGGGGAAGCCCAACUUUCUGGCACCAUGGCAAUGACUGUUGUCACCAAAGAGAAGAACAAGAAAGUGCCCACUAUCUUCCUGAGCAAGAAGCCCCGGGAAAAGGAGGUGGAUUCUAAGAGCCAGGUCAUCGAGGGCAUCAGCCGCCUCAUCUGCUCUGCAAAGCAGCAGCAGACCAUGCUGAGAGUGUCCAUCGAUGGAGUUGAGUGGAGUGACAUCAAGUUCUUCCAGCUGGCUGCCCAGUGGCCCACUCAUGUCAAGCACUUUCCAGUGGGCCUCUUCAGUGGCAGCAAGACCACCUGAGACCCUGCCUCCCAACCACUCCCUCCUGGCACUGCCACCCAGCCUCACCACCUGCAGGCAGGGAAAGGCGAGCAAGCCCCGGCCCAGCCUCCCUUUCCCAGCACUGGGCCUGCCUCUACAUGCCCGGUCCUGAUGGACACUGCCACUGGGGAUGCAGCCCUCCCUCUCACUGCCCAGCCCUUCUCUGGACUACCCUCCUCCAUCCUGUUCUAGGCCCAGAGCUGGGUGGUUCUGCCUUCUGGUGCCCAUAAUCCCUAUAAUUGGAUAAUCUGAACCGUCCUUCCCGUCACUCACCCCUGCAGCACCAGUUCCCUUUCUGGAGCACUGGUACACAGGGAGACAGCCCAGCACUUUACCAUAGCCUGGCCACCAGGCUCUCAAUUUCCAAGGCUCUUCUGUUAGUUGCUACACACCCUGCCUUCCCCUACAUGAUAACUGUUACAGGGCUGGGGCCUGUGGUGACCUCAUCUGCACCACAGUUUCCCAGUAGAGUUGGGGGGAUAUCUAAGCAUCCUGACGUUUCUGGGAUGGAGGGGCCUUCCCAGUUCUCUUCCCAUGCAUGAUUUCCUGUCACCUCAAGUCCAUGUGGAUGUCUUGUGUCCUGAGUGGUGUCUGUUUUUUUUUUUUUUUCUGGUUGUUGGGUAACUUGUCCUGUGCACAGGUCCUGUCCUUGAGGCUCCUUCCUUCCUCUGCCUCCUGUCCUCCCACCUAAGAUAACUCUGGUUUCAUGAGGUAGGAGGCAGCAAGCCCUGCCCCCCAACAUACAUUGUCUGUGACUCGUAUCCAGCCAUAUGUCUCCCUUUCCUGUGUCAGCUUGCCUCCCCUUCACUGCUCUGUCUCCUUACUUCCUCCGUGGCAGGGCAGCGGAAAGAAGCCCAUUUCCACCAGGUCUUCCCCGGCAGCUGCCUUCCCUCUCUGCCAUGGAUGGGUCCCAGACCUACCUCAGCCUCCUUAUCAGUGUCUUGAGGAGAGGCUGAAAAGGGACAGAGCCGGCCCAGCCUCCAUGCCCCCGGCACCUCUGGAGCUUCUCUGUUGCCCUUUGACUGCUUCUUAGCAGUGUGGCACGAAACUGCACUUGGGACAUGUUUUCUCCUUCUCCACAGCCUAGAUUCUUCACGUCCUUCUCCACUGCCCAGCCCUACUGUCCAGAGUGUCUCCUGGCUGGGCCUGAGAAGAAGUGGGGUGGGAAGACUGGGGCCAUGUUGGGUUUUUUCAUUCAAUAAACUGGUGAUUUCUUACCAACU